UGUUUUUCACAUAAUCAGGAUGCCAAAGAAGAGGAGGUAUCUCACAGUGGCGUGAGGAUCAAGCAAGAGAAGAGGCCUUGUCCUAUUCCGCAAUGUAAUGCCGAAGUGGUUCGUAUUCCACGCCAUCUGGUAGACGUUCAUGGGUGGACCAAGGAGCAUGCUCGCACUGCCCUUGUACGCUUUGGUCUACGAAAGACCUACGGUUACUCAAGCCCAAGCAAAGUGCCCAAAAAGAAAAAGAAACCGACAAAAGAAAAUAUGGCAGAGAAAGAAGAUGGAAAAAGAAAGGAUUACCACCAUUAUCAUUACUGUCCAAUGGAUGGUUGUACAUCGCUUGUAAAAAGAAUGCCUCCUCAUCUUAAGAAAGUUCACAAACUACUUCCAGAUUCCACCGAAUACAAGGCUGCAUUGUCAAGGGUGCGAGGACCCGUCAGUGAUUCACAACGGCGACCUUAUCAUGAAAGACAGCGUAGCUCUGGGAGAGACAAGCGUGAAUCUCCUGUGAUUGUUGAGGAGCUUGUCGAGAGUGAAGAUGAAAUAGAAGUCCCUAGAAAAAGUUCAAAGAAGUAUAAACGUAUAAGAAUUCUUGACGACAGCGAAAGCGAAGAGAAAGAAAGUGAGCAUAGAAGUAUUCACACAAGAGUUGAGGAGAUUGAACACGUAAGAGUUGAAGCGAUUGAAAAGAUUGAAGAUGAGACAGAUGAAAACGGAAGCUCCUUUGAAAAUCCACAAAAAUUGGCUGACGAUGUCAUUACUGAAUUUGAAGCCUGGCUUAGAUCGGCUGAUGGAGGUCAGCUUGAUGAGAAAACCAGCCAUCAGCAUGGGAAGCAAGUUUCAAAGCUUUUGAAGGUGGUGGAUGACAAGUGCAAUUUGACAUCUUUGUUUGACGGCUGCCUUAUUAACCAAAAGUUCCUCGAGGACUAUGCAAAGAAAGAAUACCACCCCAAAACAACACAGAGUUAUCUUAUGAGUCUACGCCACUUUUACUCCUAUUCCCUCACUGGGCAAGUUGGACUAACCAUUUCUAAGGAAACUGUUAUCUCUUUGAGAGACAAGGUCGGCCGGUGGUCAUCAUCAUUUCGCCAGAACUGCGCCAAACGACAAUGGGAAAAGAUGGAAGAAGACUUCCAUGCUUUGAUCACUCCAGAUCAAAUAAAGCGGUUUGAAACAAGCAAAGCUGCAAGAGAUGUUGUAUGCUUGUUAGGUCAACUGUCCGGUGCGCACAACAUCCAGAUCACCCAAGCUCAGUAUACUUUGAUUCGAGAUUUUCUCCUAGUUGAGAUAUCUAUUGACAACGCUAAUAGGGCGGGGGCUCUUGCGAACAUGACAGUAGCGGAAUAUGACAGAAUGACAAAGGAAAGUGACGAAUUUGUUGUUCUUGUGAAGAAUCACAAGACAGUGAGCACCCAUGGUCCCGCCAGAAUUGUUUUCUCUGCAAAAUUGAAAAGCUGGAUGGACGUCUUCCUCAGAGAAGUGCGUUUGAAAAUCACUGCUUCUAACACUGGGCCAGACAAUUGUGUCUUUAUAACGUCCACUGGAGAGGCUAUGGUUUCAAGUCAAAUCAACAAAGCCAUUAAGUCCGUAUGGAAGAAGGCCGAAGUCGAGGGUGCGCCAAGCUCCACAUUAUUCAGAAAAUCAGCAGUGUCAAGCGUGCACAGCUGCAGCGAAAGCAAUGAAGCAAGAGGAAAUUUGGCGGAUUUGAUGGCCCAUAAUGUUUCCACUGCCACGCGAUUUUAUCGAUUGCGAGAAAAAUCGAAAUCCUCUGUCAAGGCUUCCCAACAUCUGCGUCAAGUCAUGCGCGGGGAUGAUGAAAGCCCAAGCAUUUCCACAGUGGACGAGGGUGGAGCUUCUAAAUGUACCUUGAGCAAAGAUCAAGAAAUGGUAAUCAGAGAUCUGUUUGAAGAGGAGAUCAAGAGUAAAUCUGUGACGAUGGCAACGGUGAGGGAAAAGAUAGCGGAUAACAUGGAGUUAAAGGACGAAGAUCCAAAGAAGAUUCUUGACAAAGUUCGAGGGACGUGGCGUUAUUCCUCCUCCACACAAUCAGAGCCUGUGAACCUCCCCGAUGAACAAGAGACUCUAGAACAAAGAGUGGAAAGAUCUCUUGAUGUCCAAAACAAUCCGUGGGAUAUAGCGACCACAACGACAGAGGCAAGUGGCGUUCGAAACCUAUUUUCAACUUCGGAUCUUGACAUAUUGAGAGCUAUGUUUAAAGUGAUGAUAACGACAUCCAUACCCAUCUCACGACCCAAGGUCAAAGAAAUUCUUGAGAACGAAAAUGGAGGAAAGGGACUAAUGCAAAAAGCUUCCUUGGACACGAUAAUAAAUCGUGUGAAAUACGAAAGGCGCGUUUUCAGAGCAUCUAAGAACACUCAACAUUAA